GAAACGUGUAUUUGUUAAAAAGUGAGACUAGACUUGACACCGAACAAUAAGGGAUAGGUAGAAUUAUGAAAUAGUAGUUGUCAGAAGUUUAAUUGCCAUUCACGAAUUUCAAUGUACUGUAAAUUCUGCAAAACGGUGAUAGAAUGGCGAAGUGAAGUUGCAAAUAGAAAAUGGCGAAAAUCGUGAAAGUAUUCGAGUCGUUACCCACGGUCCUAGUUUGUGAAUAUUGUGCUAACCUUACGUUCAAGCAAAUAGAAGAUUUCAUAAGACAUUUAAGAGAUCAACAUUGCUCUAGGGAAGGAGGUUCAUUCGUAUGCCUUUAUGGUUAUAAUGGAGUAUGCACUAGUCUUCCUGUGGAGGGUGUUUCUGACAAAGAUUAUAUAGCACAUGCUACUAAACACGCAGUAAUGCAACAGCAACAUAAAAGCAAUGGUCAAUUGUUAGAACCCUGUUCAUCGUGGACUGUGUAUUCCGCAGCACAGAAUUUACCAGCUGUUUUAAAUGAUCCUUUCAAAGGAAAACAAAGUAACUUUCUAACUCGUACUUGGGGAGAUGGAUUUGUAGAGAAGGUUGAUAUACCUAAAAGUCCUUACCUUCCCGAAAUCACAAUGCAACACUUUGAAUCAUAUUUAAAAAAAAUUGCAAGGAGGUACAGAAAACAUUCUCGUAUGAAUUCAAAUAUCAGUAGGCCAACUACACCUAACGAAUUAUUACAAAAUUUCCCAAAUUUAAGGAAAGUUAAAUCCUUAGAUCGAAUGCAAUUUGAUUUGUCUAAUAUCCCAAAAAUCUUUUUAACGCCUAAUUUGGAUCUUUCUCAGAAAGAUAAUUUUUAUGCAGUGUUUCCAUUUGCAAAAAAUGGAUUGUUAAAUGAGGAUUCUAAUAUUGUUACGAAUGUAAAGCAAAUGCAAGAAAAGCUAAGUCAUUAUUUAGAUGUUGUGGAAGUUAGAAUAGCAGAACAAGUUGCUUCCAAGUCUCAAGCAUUUUUCCAUGCUAUGACUUCUCAUGAUGCCCUAAUGGAGCAACUUACACAAACUAUUACAGUUCUAAAAGCCCUUAGAAAAAAUAUACACCAAGUUGAUAAGCAUCUAGUCAAUGAUUCUUUAGAAAUUUUAAGGUUGGAACGGGCGAGAUCUAACCGAUUAUUGGUUCAAGAAAAACUAAAACUUAUGGCUACAGUACACCAAAGUCAACCAAUGAUACAAUUGUUGUUGUCCACGCCAGAUUAUGUUGCAGCCUUAGAUCUCAUUGCUACAACACAAGAAAUACUUUUACAGGAAUUGAAUGGAGUACAUAGUUUUAGACAUUUAAGUUCUCAAUUGACAGAAAUGGAAAAACUUGUUGAUAAAAUGUUAUCUACAGAAUUUCAAAGAUACGCAACUGCAGAUUUAAACAGACCAUUAGGAGGAGAAAAUACAGUUUUGGACGGUUGAGAUCAUUUGUACAUCCUCAACGAACAGGAUAAACUUGUUUCCAUCAUUUCUGGUCUCCUGAGGCAAAAACAUUUUCAAUUUGUGGAUACUUACAAAGAAGAAGCAGUGACGACGGUCCGUGCUGUAACAAAACAAAGGGUCAUAGAAGCUUUAGCAGCGAGCGAUUGUUGCAGUGAUCAGCAAGCUGCAGCUUUGGAAGUUGGUGGACUUUCUCUCGCGGAAAGACUAACGUUACUUCACAAUGCUAUACAAUCUUUAACAUUCCUUUUGAUGCGAGUUAAGGCUGUUCACGAUGUAAUGCGAGAUACAGCAGAUCUAGCGGCAGGCCGAGUGUGUGACGGAUCAUUCGAUGAUACGAUUCCUGAUCGCUUAUUAACUCAAGCAGAACAUUCGCGAGUAACAAUCAAACUCAAUGAUAUGAUAACUUCCAUUUGUGAUUACUGUCAUGAGCGAAUGGGAAAUCUGCUUUCUGCAGGUACAAAUGAUAAAGAUAGAUCACAAAAUGAAAAAGAAAAAUUAAACACUGAGAAUUUAAAUAAUAAACAAGAGGAAAAAGAGUGUCAAAGUUGGAAUGAUAAAUCAUCUUGGUUAAGUAAAAGGGCGACAACAGCUCAAGUGUGUCAACUAGCCAAUUUAGUUGAGGAGUUCACAGAAACUUGUGAAAAGCUCUGUGGCAAACAAUGCACAGGUUUACGAUCUGCAUUUAAGGCGCAAGCUAGUAAAUUCAUUCAAAGAUUUCAUACCGAGCUCAAAACAAAGCUUACUCUUUUAUUAGAAUCUGAAAGAUGGAAGCAAGCUGAUGUGCCACCAGAAUUUCAAUCAUUAGUAACAUAUGUGUAUGAAAAUAAAACUUUUCCGCCAAAUCUAUUUAAAGUUGAUGAUAAAGUUAGUAAAGACGGUGUUCAAAACUUCAUUAUGAUAGAAGAUGAAAAAUAUGCUGUUGUUGGUACAGCUUUAAUGCUUAUACAAAUGAUACACGAAUAUUGCAGAACUGGGAGUGAACUAAUAACUUUAUCAGGAACAAUAGGAAGACAUUUAGCGGAAUUACUGCGACAUUAUAAUUCACGUUGUUGUCAACUUGUCCUUGGAGCUGGAGCAAUGCAAGUUGCUGGUUUAAAAACUAUUACCAGUACAAUACUUGUAUUAGCAGCACGUAGUUUAAAACUAAUUUUAUGGUUUAUGCCUUAUGUUAAAUCACAUUUUCAAAUGUUUGCAGAACAAAACCCUAGUCGUGGACUUGGUACAUCUGGUAUAAGCGGCGGUGUUGCUCUAUUGGAUAGUGUUGAAAGAGAUAUUCGUGCACAUGUAAAAGAAAUUGAAAGCAAAAUUCUUACCAUUGUUGACAAUCUACUGGGUGGUCAAAUAUCGAAAUGGACNNCUAUAAUUACUAUACAUCUAAAAUUUUUAAUUACAGUUACUUAAUAAAACUACAUGAAGCAGUUUCUGGAAUUCUCCCAGUAGUUGAAGUACAAACUUUAUAUCGUACAGUAAAUACAUCUUUCAAAGAAAAACUUAGAGAGCAAUUAGUCAAAAUGAAUAUAGUAAAUAACGGUGGUCCACAACACGGUGUAGUUACGUCUGAACUUACAUUUUACCUUGAAGCACUGCGAAAAUUAAAAGUGUUACCAACUAAUGAAUUAGAUGACAAUUGGAUGAGUGAUAUAUGGACCAGAUAACAUGCAGAGCGUGUGAUAUAUUGCAUAAUAGAAGCGAUGAAAUAUUGUAGAAAAAGGUGACUAAUCUUUAUUACAGUCUUCCUUCACAUAUGUUGCAUCUCAUUAUUAACAUUUUGAUGGAUUUUUAAAAAUGUGGCUUGUAUUGAAAUUAUCCAUAUGAAUAUUUAUAAUUAUUUUAUUCGUAAAAUUGUAUGGAAUGCAAAGUCGAUUUGGUAAUAUUAAUAUAUAUAAGAAAUUAAGAAACAGCAUUUUUAUAAAAUGCUCUGUUUGAUAUUUUGAAAAUAUGUGUAAAUGAUAAUCAGUUCUAUUUAAGAAAUAUAACAUUACUUGUAUUGGCUGUUGACAUUUUAAUACAAAUUAUAAAUUAAUUCAAUUAUUAAUAUUAAAUUACACAUAUUUUAUAUCUCCCAAACACUCUUACACGCCAUAGUGUUCAAAGAUAAAAUUUCAUACAUAAAUGAAUAAUAUGAAUGAAUUUGUAAAAACACAAAGUAAUCUAUAUAAAUAGUAGAAAAUUAUUUUCUUCCAUACCAAUAAUAUUAAAUAUAAAAAACUUAUUUGCAAUUGAAUACAAUUGUAAGCAUGUCAGGAAUUUGUUGUUGUCACUUAUAAAAUAAUUCAAUUUAGCAUGUGUGCAAAAUAAGCAUGUGGUAGAAGGACCAAGACAGAUAUUAGAUUACUUGUUGAUUUGUUUGUAAUUCUUUAUGUGUUAAUUGUAUAUCUUCUCUUUCAAAAUUAAAUCUUUUUUUAACUAAUACAGAAUAAGAUAUUAAAAAUGUUAUAUUUUGUUAAUGAAAAACCUAUAAAAUGCAUAUGUGGUAAAAUAUGACUGCUUUUAUUGUUGUGUUCAUUGCUUGAACUGACUAUAAAAAAAUGUAUUGUCAGAUAGAUUCUGACAAUGAUUAUUUAAACAUUUUUAUAUAUAAUGUACUGUUUGCACUAAUCUGUUUUUAUUGACAGAUUAUUGAAUAACUAAAGUUUCUAAAUAAUAAGGAUAACUUGUUGAACAUAUUAUUUACUAGAAUAUAUUAAUAUGGGGAUUUUUAUCAAAGUUUUUGAAAUGCCCUAUCUCUCAUACUCUUUUGUGCAUAUGAAUAUAUAUGUAUAUGCAACAAACAUGUGCAUUAUAAAACUACAAAAGAGAAAAACCUAAUAAUAAUUUACAAAAAAAAGAUAAAAAAGACAAAAACCAAUAAUAAUUUACAAAAAGAUAAAAAAGUAAUGCUAUUGAGUAAUAUACACUAUAUGCUUUUAGUUCUAUUUAAAGAAAUGGAAAGACUAUGAAUCAUAGUUUAAUUAAAGUUUCUACAAUAGAUUAUAAAUUAAUUUUAACUUCAUUACCAAAGAUGAAAUUAUUAAUUGUUAUUAUUCUUUGGUCUGUUACUAAUAAAUUAUACAAUUACAUAUUAUAAAUUUCUAAAUAAUAUGGUGCAUUCCAUUAUUAACUUCAUCUAGUCCAUCUAGUACAUAAAUAAAGACACUAUAAUAAUUUUUUAUACUUAUUAUUUUAUACUUACGAUUUAGUCUAAGAAAAGAAUUGUGGUUAGAGUUUGUGGAAAAAGACUUAAAGAACAAGCUUCUCUAUGGAAAUUUUAAAUUAGCAGAAGAACGUUCGUGAUUAAUUAAUAUAAAAAGUAACCUUGUAAAUUUUAUCAUCGAACAAAAAUACGCCCUGUAUUCAUGUAGGAUUUAAAAAAUAUACCAAUUUUAACAUAACGUAUUAAAUGUCGUUAUUCCAUCAGAUAGGGAGAAAUUUUGAAUUUUAUUUGUGUAUCAAUUUUAUAUGCAAGUGAAACUUUCUAUGUUGCUAUAACAACGUACGUCAAAACAUUUUCAUAACCUAUCCAAGUACUGAAUGACAUACAAAAUAUAUUUGUACCACUGUGCACUUGUUAUAAUACAUAAAAUAUUUGUUCGAAAACUUUGAAUCAAAAAUAAAAUGGCAGAUCAAAAUUCCGAGCAAAAUGUUAGAGAUAUUGCUUUGCGUCUCUGUUUACAAGAAGAGCAAGAACGUAAAACUAAUCCAAACGAAACGCAUGAACGUUCAAUUAUCAUCGUUGGUAGUAAGAGAGUCGGUAAAACUACAAUGGUACAUCGAUUUCUUGAAAAAGAUGAAACACCGAAACCAACUAUCGCGAUAGAUUAUUCUUUUGGACGUAAAGCUGGAAAGAGUUUAAUAAAAAAUAUCGUGCACGUUUGGGAAGUAGGACAUUUAACUUCUUCGUUAGUAUCAGCCGCAAUGGCAGGUUCAUCUUUGACUCAUUCUCCUCAUCACGUCACGGUAUUGAUUAUAUUGGAUUUAUCACAACCAGACAUUUUAUGGACCACGUUCGAAGAAGCUCUCUCGGUAGUUCGAAAUGCAAUGAAAAUGAGUUACAGCGAUAAAAUGAUUCAGGAAUUAAAGCAACAGCGUAUUAAAGAACGGAAGGGAACAUUGGAACAAGAGGUCGAUCCGUUUCCAAUGAAACUUUGCCUUGUUGGUGGAAAAUAUGAUCAGUUUAAGGAUUUAGAUUUGGAUAAAGUAAAGCUAAUCGGGAAAACACUACGAGCUGUGGCUCACAUUUUAGGAGCUGGACUCUAUUAUCAUUCCGCAAAAGAUAAGUCUUUACUACGAAGAACUAAAGACUUGCUAUCUCACUAUGGAUUCGGUACUCAAUUUUCCGAUAUCAAGUGCAUAGAUGUUGAAAAGCCAUUAGCGAUAUCUGCCGGUGCAGAUUCCUUCUUGUCGAUCGAUCUGCAAUUUCCCCAGACCAGGCCUUCGGCUAUCUUAGAUACCAUCAAACAGAUUUACGUUACUCGUAUACCGCAAGAGUCAAGAAGCAACGAAAUUAUUCUGGAGGAUCCAAGUAAUGAUCCCAACUUUAACGAACCGAUCAUCGACAGAUUACGGGCUCAACGAGAAGAGGUACCACAAGAAAUUAGUAUUUUACUCCACGAUAUGUUGGAAGGCCAGAUACCUCAAAUUCUCAUUCCGGAUCCAUCGUAGAGAUUGUUCUCCUACAUGGAUUUAUCUAUCAGGAAUAAAUUCCCUAACAAUACAUGUCGCACACUUGAUCUUAUCUACGAUGAUUGAAAGAAACUCCCGACAAGCAAGAAGCUCCAGUUAAUUUGUAUUUAACUCGAAAAGAUUACUGUACGUUCACAUUUACAUACAGGUAUAUGAAAUUUGCAAAAUCACGAUUCCAGGUAUCGUCCCCUCUGGUUCGCGUGUUUAAACUAUGCUAAUAGAAGCACUGCUGCUUACAGCGAUAAGGAGAUAAAGUGUAUCUAUCAUUUGUAGAAUAGA